AAGCAAAAAAAUGCAUACAUAUCGAAAGAGAAUCAAACCCAUAACAACGAAACCAAAAUUAUCAAAUAAUAAAACUUCAUCCUACAUAAUUAAUCAUCAUCAUUCGGUUCUUUAUAAAAUUAAACCAAAUCCAAAUCCAAACCCAUAAUAAUAAUCAUCAUCAUCGGUUGUAAACCAAACCCAUACAUUUCAGAUUUCUUGCCUCUUUUGGUAUAUAAAGAUCCAUUAGCUACACGACCUGGUGGCGACGGUAAUUAGUCGCGCCACUUGCCACCUCCACAUGGCUAGAAAGCGGUUGGGUUAUGGCGACGGUUCCGCAAAUUGCGACGGUCGAGUGGCUGAAACAUAGUUCGAGCCAUUUAUCUAAGCAGCCUAAGUGAUUUGGACGCUAACAUUUCGAAAGGAUUCAAAACUUGAUUAGUGAUGGACUUUACUACUUUUCUGUUAGAAGGUUAUGAAAAUGCUUCUUAUUCUCCUGACGUCCCUAAGGGUGAGCGGGUGUCUACUGUUAAGGACUUGGAUUGUUCUAAAGAGCUUGAAGUACUUUUGGAUGAUGAUGAAGAGCUUCAAGCUAUAGAUCCUCAAGCAGAAGGGGUGGAGGGUGUGAGCAGGUCUCAAACUUUGGGGUUGCCUGCCUGUGCUAGUGAUUUUGGACACGUAUCAAAUAAGCAGAAAAAGAAGAAACAAGUGGUAAGUCCAUCGGGUCCGAAAUGAAAGGGUAAAAUAGAUAGGGAGACAAUAUUUGAUAGUCCCAAAGUGAAGAAACCUAAAGUUUUUGAGGGAAUAAGGUUGUCUGAGCCUUCUGGUGGAACUUAUAGGCUUCGCAGUGAUGGCCAAAGUACUUCUAGUUAUGGUAUGGGGAAAAGUAGGGCUUCCCUGGUCUGGUUCUAAAGCAGAGAGGACGCUCCCUGGCGAGCUUUCAGAUGGAGAAAGGGAGAAAGAGGAAGAAGAAGACGAGGGAGAAGAGGCAGAAGAAGGGGAGAGUGCCACGGGAGGAUACUAUGCUCCUGAUUUCAAAGUUGAUGAGCUUCCUGCCAUUCCUUCUGUUAAAGAUUGGGAGCCUCCGGAAAUCCCAGAUGUAGAUGAGCCUUUUACUUUGACGCUUCCUGGGGUUCCUUAUAAGAGUGGUCUGCUCGAGAGGAGUGAGAGGGCGGCUUAUGUUUCAGGCGUGGUGAUGCCUUCUCGCCGUAAGGAGAUGGCUGGUCGCACUACCGAUUCCUUCCACGAUCACGGUCGUGAGAUAGCUAUUCAAUAUAUGUCUUGGCAGGAUGAUAAUUUUCGCAGUGGACGAUUAUGGAAAAGAGCCUAAGUGAAGCAAGGAAACAGUUGACAAUGCUAAAGCGCCAGUGUCGCAGAUAUGAGGAUAGAAAUGGCACAUUUGCAUUCGGACACCAGGUUGAAGAUCUUAAGACCGAACUUCAGAUUGAAAAACAAAGGAACGGUAUGGUGGAUGUAGAGUUAGACCGUGAAAGGGGCAAGAUACGGGAUUUGGUGAAGUUGGCGGAAGACUGGAAAGAAAAACAUGAUAACAGUCAAAAGAAAAUUGAGGAGUUGAUGUUGGAGUUUAGUGAGAAAGAGAAGUGUUAUCUUGAUGAGGUUCGUGAAUUAAAAGAGAAAGUAGGUGAGCUUGCUGGUGAGAAGCGGGCUGUGUUGGAGGCUAUUCCAGAGUUUGUCCGAAAACUUCAAUCUAGCCUUGAAUUCAAUUUGGCUAUGGCUGAGGUUCAAAAGUUUGCUGUACGUUUGGGUGCUCACCGUAACCUUGAAAAGUUACAUGCUAGGAAUUCUAAGUUGGACAUUACUAAGUUUGAGGGGUACAAUCCAGGUAUUAUAUCUGAGCUUCAGAGCGCAGGGGAAAAGUUUCGACAGAAGACUUAUGCUUACCUCGCUCAGCUAGCAUCUAGUUCGGGACUCUCGGCAGAAGACCUAUUGAAGAUUCCGGCUCCAGAGACUACCUUACUUCGUUUUCAGUUCCAGCUCCAUCUACUUCUUAGGCUUUUCGCUUUAUUUAGUUUGUUGCCUCUGUUGGUUUUAGACAUUUCCUUUAUGUUUGUAUGUUGCCUCUGUUGGCCUUAGACAUUUGUUGGCCUUAGCCAUUUCCUUUUGUGUAUGCUUCAUGCUAACUUUGUGUUUGUGUAUGCUUCAUGCUAACUUUGUGUUGAACAAUUUUUA